AUGACCAAUAACCCGCCUGAUCAGUCUUCACAGGCUGCUAAUCAUGAAACCAAAAGAAUACCGUUGGCCAUUGAUCCCAAUUUCAUGAAAACCACCUCUUCUGCAUUGCCAACUGAUCAAUCUGAUGACAACGACAAAAGUCAAAAUGGUACUCAUCAAAACGCCACCACGGGUCAAUCAUUGGUGAAUAAUCCGUAUGAGAUGUUUGGAAGUAUGCCCCUGGAUCAACUGAUACCUGUAAUUUUGCAAAGUCGUGGAAUUGGCAGCAAAUUCGCUGAUCUAUCCGAAAGGGUCCUAAGUGAAGAGAUAGCGAAUGACGCUGAAGAUAUGGAACAUGUCAAGAACUUAGAUGAGGACGUUGAAAUGGACUCCUCUGAUUUUCCAGCGAAUGCAGAUCAAGAAGCUUUAAAGCCUCAGCAAAUUGAGGGACCACUCGCCAGGGAAGAAGAGGAUCAAAUGACGCAGGAACAAUUUCAACAGCUUAAAAACUCAACUGUUCAGUCUCUGAACCUUUCGGUCAAUGAGGCUUCACUUGCUCUUGAAUUCGUUUCUCUGCUACUGUCGUCGGUCCGCCCUUCCGCAGCAAACGCAUCUAUGUCUCCGUUUUUGAAAAAUGCUGUGCCGACCGCAUCUCUGAAUGCCGAAAAGAUACCAUAUGAAAAAGCUACAGAAUCUGAGAUUGUUGACAAAAAAUUGACAACUCGAGGGUGGAAGCUCAGAAGCUUAGAAGAGUCUCGAGUGCUUCUGAAAGACACACACAAAACUUUAGAAGCUAGCCUGAGAAAAGAACAAAACUACUGGUCAAAAGUUUCAGCUAAUACUUCAAAAAAGGAUGUGAUUUUCAAAAUGAAAGAUCAAGAAACAGGUGAAAAAUCGCUUGGAUUGAAAUAUGGUUAUGAAGAUUCAGGAUCAAGCUACAAGCAGGAAAGGGGCAUUGCUAUACUUAGAUAUAACGCAAACAAAGACGCCUUGGAAGCUGUUCCCGCGGAGAAACAGCAGUUUGAGUCCAUGAAUAGGGGACCUUUUGAGAAAUUCAUGCGUGUUCGCAUCUUCACUAAAAUACAAGAAGAAGAUGAUUACAUCCUUAGCGGAGAGACGGCACUUGACGAUCUAUUGCUUGCUGCUGAUAAUAGUGGUGCAGAGCAAAACAUUCGCCGGCAAAUCUCCAAGCUUCAGUUCCUAAUUUUUGAAAAGGAACUCAUGUACCAUUUGAAAAAAGAGUCUGAAACUUUAAUAUCUUACGGUGUAACGCUGGAAAACGAAAAUAAGAUCACGGUUGAGUUCCCAACGGAAAAGAUAGAAUUUGAGAUGAUGAACCUAACAGAUGAGGUAAUCUUGAAUCAUCAGCAAGACGCGCCAAAGACAAAUGAUAGAAAGGCGGCGCUUAUACUGGUAAUGUUAAGGAUGCUGUUGGUCGUCAUGUAUAAGAAGCAAAUCAGGAAGAAGCUUUUAAUGGUUGCACACUCAAAGGCUGUACAUCCAUUUGACAACGAAGCUCUACUGCUGCGGCCGAUAAUGGGUAAAUUCAGACAUGAGAAUUAUCUCAACCUGUUGCAGAAAGUCAUAAAAACUUACGUUUUAGAUGUUGUAGCGAACUCCGUUGUGACUGAAAUCCCCUCGGAUUAUCGCAAGCAAAAUAUACCUGUUCGACGCGAAACCUAUGACAAGCAUAUCACGAAGCUUGACGAUGAAAUCACACUUUUCGACAAGAUUUUACAACUGCCACGAAUUGAUCUGAAAGUAGAGCUUCCCGGUUCAGGAAAAAUUGAGUUUGGAUUGGAAAGCUCCAACUAUUGCAACGCUACCACGAGUGUGAAGUUAGUGGACGCCUCAAACGCAACGAUCUUUGACACCAGAUUUUCAAAUUUCAAAGAACUCGAAGAUUUCCUGCAUUUCAUUGUAAGCGAGUACGUUACGGAAGGCAAACAGGAAUAA